CAGGAGACAAUGAAUUCCACAGAGCCCUACGCCUCGACUGAUGAUUACUCUGACCCCACUUUCUAUUCUGUGCCUAUGGACGAAUUGCAAUGCUCCUUGGAAGAGGUCAGAGAGUUCACCAGGGUAUUUAUGCCAAUUGCCUACUCCUUAAUAUGUGUCUUUGGCCUCCUGGGCAAUAUUAUGGUGGUGAUGACCUUUGCCUUCUACAAGAAGACCAGGUCCAUGACUGAUGUCUACCUGCUGAACAUGGCCAUUACAGACAUCCUUUUUGUCCUCACUCUGCCAUUCUGGGCAGUCACUCACGCCACUGGCACUUGGGUUUUCAACAACUCACUGUGUAAACUCAUGAAAGGCAUCUACGCGGUCAACUUUAACUGCGGGAUGCUGCUCCUGGCCUGUAUCAGCAUGGACCGGUACAUUGCCAUCGUUCAGGCAACCAAAUCUUUCCGGAUACGAUCCAGAACAUUGGCACACAGUAAGAUCAUCUGUUUGGUGGUGUGGGUCACAUCGGUCUUCAUCUCAAGUCCCACAUUUAUCUUCAACGAGAAAUACGAGUUGCUGGGCAGACAGGUCUGCGAGCCCCAGUACAAGUUUGUCUUGGAGCCCAUCACCUGGAAACUGCUGGGGCUGGGGCUCGAGCUGCUUUUCGGCUUCUUCAUCCCUUUGCUGUUCAUGGUGUUCUGCUACCUGUUCAUUAUCAAGACCUUGGUGCAGGCCCAAAAUUCUAAAAGGCACAGAGCCAUCCGCGUCGUGAUCGCUGUGGUUCUCGUGUUCCUGGUUUGCCAGAUCCCUCACAACGUCGUCCUCCUCGUGACUUCAGUAAACAUGGGCAAGAUGAACCGGACCUGCCACGGUGAGAUACGCCUCGCCUACACCAGGAACGUGGCCGAGGUCCUGGCUUUCCUUCACUGUUGCCUCAACCCUGUGCUGUACGCAUUUAUUGGACAGAAGUUCAGAAACUACUUCACGAAGAUCAUGAAGGACGUGUGGUGUGCUAAACGAAAGAACAAGGUGCCGGGUUUCCUCUGUGCCCGGAUGUACUCAGAAAGCUACGUGUCCCGGCAGACCAGUGAGAUUGUCGAAAAUGACAAUGCAUCAUCCUUUACCAUGUAACCUGAGCCACAUACCCCCAGAAACCUUUGUGAAACUUGCUAUAUUACAUGUGAAAGAAAGAGAGAGAGAGAAAGCCAUGCCCAAAUAACUAUGGAAAUUAAACGAAGCCUUCCUGCAGGAUCAGAACCAGUUGGCUGGUGGCACUAAUAGCCAAGCUCUCCCCUGGUGUGGUUGACAAGAAACGUUGGUGGCUCUUGUCUCCUGGGGUUGGUGUUCCACGAAGCAAGCUGUGGGGAAUGCUGGAUUAGAGUGUCGUGCUUAUGAAUAUGAACAUAUUCACAAACUGCGUGAUGGGGUCGCAGACCCAGUUAGGGCACAAAACAAGGACACAGCUUGAGAAAGCUACAGAAGCCCUCCUGUGACUCACAGGACGCUAACAAGAUGUUUACCAUCCCUGAUGGCAAGUGGCAAAGAUC